AUGUGCCGCACAAUCCUGACAGUCGUCGACCACGCCUGCCGGGCCGAGCACCUCACCCGCCGAACGCGCACUGAGCAGUGCUACGCUGCCCAUCUCUGGGGCAUCCGGGUCUGCGCCCCCGGCCCGCCACGCCACAUGUUUUACGAGCAACACAUGCCCGGCGCCGCCUGCCAAUCCUGUUUCUACGCCGACCGUGCCGCAUACAACACCCCCUACAAUCUCACCCACGACAACGACGUCGAAGACGACUACGAAGUUGACCCCGCCACCCUUCACAAUCAGCGCCUCCUCUCCGGGCUGUCGUCGACUCCCGUUUAUCCACCGCCAAUCGUGCCGCGCCCGCCAACGAUCCUGCCCGGGCCCGUGAACCCACCGUACCUGGGCACUGACGAACACACUCACGAAGAUACCCCGUACUCUGGACCUGCCAUACCGACCGGUGUCCCCGGCGCGCGCAUAGACUGGCCGCUCAUCGACACCAUCGCGCAACAACUGCCCGGCUCUCUGGAGCAGCGGCAGUGGCAGCAGCAGCAGCAGCUCGGUGAGUACCCCAGCGGCUAUGCUGCUGCUGCUGCUCACCGCCAACAACAAGAAGAAGAAGAAGCAUGGAACAGCGGCAUGCCCCCACCGCCACCACCUCCUCCUCCUCCCCCAUUCCGCGGCGGUCCCCUCGUCACCAUAGCAGAAGACGAACGAGAACAUCAUCACCACCACCACCGCCGCCACCCCGACAACUUCGACGGACCUCCCAGCACGGAGCCGAGCGGCGAAGAGGACGACGACGGCUUCGUGCGCGUAGAGCGCCCGACGACCGGCCGCCGCUUCGGGCGCGAGCCCCGGCCCCCCAGACACAACCCACCACUUCGCCGCCGCUUCCGCCAGCACCCCACGGCGCGCGCGACGCGGAACCCCUCGCUGCCGAGCUUCCGCCCUUACUCCCCAUCGCCGCCGUUGCCACCGCCGCCGCCGUCGUCGUCGUCCUCCGAGUUCUCAGGUUACCGCUCCCCACACAACGUGUGUCACUUGCGCGGCGGUGGCGGUGAUAGCGCCGACGAAGAAAACGAGUCCUCCUCCUCCUCCUUUGAAGAAAACGAAGAAGAAGAAGAAACCAAACAGCUGCGCUCGGCGCUCGAGCGCAGCGCCCGCGAGUACGCGGAGGCGGCGGAGGCGGCGGAGAGCGCGGCGCUGGAGAGGGCGAUGCGGGAGUCGGCGGAUGAGUGCGAGCGCGCGUGUGAGGAGGCGGAGCGCGCGGCGCUGGAGAGGGCGAUGGGCGAGUCGGUGGCCGAGGCGGAGGGGGAAAGGAAGAGGGCGGAGGAGGAGGUGCAGAGGGAGGUGGUGGGGAGGAGUUUGGGGACGUGGCGGGAGGAGGUGCGGAGGCGGAUGGGGCGGGGGAGUGGGGAGGAGCGGGAGGAGGUUGUUGUUGAGGGUGGGGGGCGAGGAGGUGUGAGGGGGGAGGCGGGGCGGGGAGGGGUGGCUGAGGGUUGGGGGCUUCGUCGGCAGAUGGAUAGGCGCCAGGGACGGGGUGUUGGUUCUGACUGUGAUGCUGGAUGCGGUAAGAAGACGGCUGCCUGGACUGCACCUUUGGUUUCGGAAUCCAACCACUUCGAAGAAGAUCGAGCAGUUCAGGGGCCGUACGCCGACUUCAGUCCUCGGGUUCACUCGAAUCCCACCCCGGCAUCCAGGAGGCAUGUGGUACACACACCUGCUCAACGCAGGGCUUACCCUCCGCCGCCAACUGUCGAGGAUGAAGAAUCGGAACCAGAUCGCCCGGCGACAUGGUCGUUCGAAGGCGUCGUUGAGAAGGAACAAGAGAAAGACGACGACGACGACGUAUCCACCAUCAUGGACCCAGCGACUGAAGUAACGAGAGCAAUGGAGGCGGUGGACAUAUCGCUCGAUCAUGUCAGGGAGAAGAGGAUGGCCAGGUUCGCCAAACACGGCGAGGAGUAG